AUGAGAUUAACCUUCCAAAAUGGGACUAAAGUUUCCCAAGAGAAGACAAUUUGCCAACAUGCCAACACCCAACAGAAAGUGUAUAUAAGUGCUCUCUGGAGGAAGGAGAAUUCAGAAGUUGGGUUUCUAACUAAACUGCAGUUUUUCCCUCCUAACAUCAUGACUUCCCAAAUCUGCACUCCAACAUUUUCCACUGGAUCUUUCAGGGGAGUCUGUGGCACCAGUGGUGGCUUCUCUCGGGUCUCCUCUGCUCGCUCUCUGGGCUCUUGUAGGGUUCCAAGUCUUUCUUAUGGGGUUGGUGGUGGUGGUUCAGUUUCCUCUCUUAAGCUGGGCUCUUCUGGCCUGGGGAGCUAUCUGCUCAACACCUACCUUUCCAAUGGAUACUACACCUCUGGCUUUGGUGGGAAUGGCUUUCGGGCUGGCGAAGGAGUUUUCAAUGGCAAUGAGAAGGAGACCAUGCAAUUCUUGAAUGAGCGCCUGGCCAACUACCUGGAGAGGGUGCGCCAAUUGGAGCAGGAAAACUCAGAGCUGGAGAAGAGGAUCCAGGAGGGGUAUGAGCCUCAGAUCCUAUACAUUUCCCUGGAUUAUCAGUCCUACUUCAAGACCAUUGAGGAUAUCCAGCAGAAGAUCCUGUUGACCAAGGCUGAAAAUGCCAGGCUGGUUCUGCAGAUUGAUAAUGCCAAACUGGCUGCUGAUGACUUCAGAACCAAGUAUGAGACUGAGCUGUCCCUGCGGCAGCUGGUUGAGGCUGACAUCAAUGGCCUUCGCAAGAUCUUAGAUGAGCUGACCCUGUUGAAGGCUGACCUGGAGAUGCAGCUGGAGUCCCUGAAGGAGGAGUUGCUCUGUCUCAAGAAGAACCACGAGGAGGAAGUCAGCAUUCUUCGAAGUCAGCUUGGGGACAGGCUCAAUGUUGAGGUGGAUGCCGCCCCACCUGUGGACCUCAACAAAAUCUUGAAUGACAUGAGAUGCCAAUAUGAGGCCCUGGUGGAGAAUAACCGCAGAGAUGUGGAGAACUGGUUCACCACCCAGACAGAGGAAUUGAACCAACAAGUGGUGUCUAGUUCUGAACAGCUCCAGUGCUGCCAGACAGAGAUCAUCGAGCUGAAACGCAAUGUCAAUGCCCUGGAGAUUGAGCUGCAGACCCAGCACAGCAUGCGAAAUUCCCUGGAAUCCACUUUGGCAGAAACUGAGGCCCGCUAUGGUUCACAGCUGGCCCAGCUACAGUGCCUGAUUGGCAAUGUGGAGGCUCAGCUGGCAGAGAUCCGCUGUGACCUAGAACGGCAGAACCAAGAGUAUCAGGUCCUCUUGGAUGUCAAGGCCCGGCUGGAGUCGGAGAUCUCCACAUACUGCCGUCUGCUGGAAGGAGAGGACUGCAAGCUUCCUGCCCACCCUUGUGCCACAGAGUGCAAGCCUAUGGUCCGCGUGCCCUGCCCACCAAGCAUCCCCUGCAACACAGGCUCCCAGGUCAGCACUCAGAUCCGAACCAUCACCGAGGAGAUCAAAGAUGGGAAAGUCAUUUCUUCCAGAGAGCAUGUCCAACAGCGGCCCCUGUAAGCAUCCAGGCUGUCUCAGCCUGGCACAGAGCAGGGAGGAAACCUCAAAUUCAUCAUGUUGCUGAAACUCUGUCUAAUGAAUGCCUUAUCACAAGGAGUUCUGUCCCAGGCCUAGCAAGUUAUGUUUGUGUUUUUUUUUUUUUUCCUUAUAAGAUGUCUCUUUUAUCAUGUUUCCAGCUUCGACAUCUUUUCAACUGUAAGCAAGCUCCUUUGACAACUUCUCCAAUAAAUCUUGUUCUUUUGGCACAGC